AUGCAUCCCCAAAUCGAGCAACAACUCGCACACCUACUGUUGACCGAACUGUUAGCCCAUCAGUUCGCGUCUCCAGUUAGGUGGAUUGAGACUCAAGAUGUUUUACUCAACAAACAGCGCAUUGAGCGAAUCAUCGAGAUUGGUCCUGCGGAUACCUUGGUGUCCAUGGCAAAGAAAACACUUGCUUCCCGGUACCAGCAAAUGGACAACGCUCGUCACAUCAAGAGAAAACUUCUCUAUUACGGAAAAGAUGCCCAGGAAAUCUGCUAUGAGGGAGAUCAAAAACCCGAGCAAGCUACGAAGAAGCCAACCCCGAAGAAAGCGGAUACCAAGGUUGAGGCCAAGAAAGACACUCCGGCCCCACCUCCACCUCCACCAGCUGUCCCAACCCAAGCUCCUCCCCAGUCAGCACCUGCAGCCGCGAGCCACGUGGAUGAUAUCCCAGUCUCCGCAAGGGAUAUUGUGAUGACAAUUAUAGCUAUGAAGUUGAAAAAGUCUUUUGAAGAAAUUCCACUGACUAAGAAUAUCAAACAACUUGUUGGAGGACGAUCAACACUUGAGAAUGAACUUGUUGGAGAUAUCGGUACCGAGUUUGGCUCCACUCCAGAGAGGCCCGAAGAGCUUCCUCUUGACGAAUUGUGUCUAAAUAUCCAAAAUUCUUCUGGCUUCAGCGGCAAGAUGGGUAAGACUACCACCGGACUGUUAUCAAAGUUGUUCUCGCUCAAGAUGCCCGGCGGAUGCAGCCCCCCUGUUCUCCGAUCGUAUCUUAACGAUCGUUGGGGGCUUCCUUCUGGUCGCCAGGAUUCCAUAUUUCUCCGUGUCUGUGCCGCACCACCUGCGGCACGACUCGGCUCUAUGACAGAUGUGCAUGGCCACUUCGAUAAUAUUGUACAACAAUAUUCCAAGGAGACUGGCUUGAAUCUCGGAGCAUCACAAAGCAAUGACUCCGGAAAUGGCGGAAAUUCUGGAGCCGCCGUGAUGGUCGAUAACAAAGCUCUUGAGAAAGUCACCCGCGACAGAGAUCUCUUCAUGAGAAAGAAGCUUGAACUCUAUGCGCAUACCCUUGGGGUUGAUCUGCGUGCUAGUGACAAAGCAACCAAUGAGGCGCAAAAGAACAUCAGCACCCUGCAAGGUCAGCUCGAUCUGUUCGAUGCAGAACUUGGCGAUGUCUUUGCCUCUGGAAUUAAACCCAUGUGGUCGGCGCCUAAGGUCCGCCGCUUCGACUCGCAUUGGAAUUGGGUUGUGCAAGAAACACUUGAGUUGUUUUACACCGUUCUUAAUGGCGACUCUGAGAUUAGCACCAGCGAAUUGGCCAGCCGAAGCAUCCGGAUUGCAAACCGGUCAAAUCCUAGGCUAUUGGGCGUGAUGCAAUACUUGGUGAACAGUUCUCCUGAAACAUGGGGACCCCGCUUCGAGAUUGCAAAGGAGAUGUUAUCUCAAUUAAUCCGACUUUGUGAGGCGACCAAGAAUCCUUGCUACAUGCCCUUGUUUUCCUUCAAGGACACCUGCAUCAAAUCGCCAAGAACUCAAAUCGACAGGCAUGGGAAAGUCCAAUACGAUGAAGUCCCACGGUCCACUGUGGGAGACAUCGCACCCGUCCACAUCAAAACCAGGCAAUUCUCGGGCUGGGCGAAAGACAAGAAGCUCACAAACAUCCUUCUUGAUCAAGCUAAAGACAUCCGUCAAAAAGGCUUAACCCUGCAAUCACGAAAAGUCCUUCUCACAGGAGCCAGUCCAGGAUCUAUUGGUUCCGAGAUCCUCAUUGGUCUUCUUAGCAGUAGCUGCCGAGUCAUUGUCACCACAAGCAGCUACUCACCAGACGUUGUAAGGUACUACCAGGGGCUGUAUGAAAAUUACGGUGCUCGCGGUUCUGAGUUGGUGGUUGCACCCUUUAACCAGGGAAGCCAACAGGACUUGGAAGCUCUCGUGGCUUACAUAUUUGAUCCGACUAACGGACUUGGCUGGGAUCUUGAUUACAUCGUUCCAUUUGCUGCUAUAUCCGAGGCGGGUCGUCAGAUCGAUGGCGUUGAUUCGAAAUCUGAACUCGCCCAUCGGAUCAUGUUGACCAAUACCAUACGUCUUCUAGGUGCAGUGAAACAAAACAAGGAGUCAAGAGGAUUUCACAGCCAUCCAGCACAGGUCAUACUUCCUCUAUCACCGAAUCAUGGUGCUUUUGGCAACGAUGGCUUGUAUGCUGAAUCCAAGAUCGGACUCGAGUCACUCUUUGACAAGUGGCAUUCAGAAAGUUGGGCCGCAUACCUAUCCAUCUGUGGUGCUGUUAUCGGCUGGACACGGGGCACUGGCCUCAUGGCUGAUAACAACGUGGUUGCCGCUGGCAUCGAACGACUAGGCGUAAGGACUUUCUCGCAGUCUGAGAUGGCGUAUUACAUCCUAGUCCUCAUGAGCCGGCCCAUUGCUCUUCAGUCACAACUUCAACCCCUCUACGCAGAUCUUACCGGAGGUUUGGAUUCCGUGAAAAAUCUGAAAUCUACCCUGGAUACCAUUCGACGGAAUAUUUCAGACACCAGCCACUUCAGGCGUGCUAUCGCCAGCGAGGAGACUCUGGAUCAAGUGGCUAACACUGUUGCCAAGGAGUUGGCUCCAACCCCUCCUCCUCAAGUAUUGCCACGAGCAAACAUUCCAUUCGACUUCCCACAAUUACCUGACGCCAAAGAACUCGACCCACUGCGCCAGAAGCUUAAUGGCAUGGUUGACUUGGACCGUGUGGUAGUGGUCACCGGAUAUUCUGAAGUCGGCCCCUGGGGUAAUUCUCGCACAAGGUGGGAAAUGGAAGCCUACGGCCGCUUCUCCCUUGAAGGAUGCGUAGAGAUGGCCUGGAUUAUGGGUAUGAUCAAACACCACAGCGGCCCACUCGAAGGAAGUCAAUACAAUGGCUGGGUCGACACAAAGACCCUUAAGCCAGUGCAUGACUCGGAAGUCAAGGCGAAAUACGAGGCGCAAAUUCUCACCAGCUCGGGUAUUAGGCUUAUUGAGCCUGAGCUUGAUGAUGGAUAUGACCCCAAAAAGAAGCUCCUUAUUCAAGAAACGCAGCUUAACGAAGACAUGCCUCCUUUCUUAGCUCCAGCCGAGUUGGCUGAGCAGUUUGCACAUGAGCAUGGUGAUAAGGUGCACCUUUCUCCAGCAGAAGAUGGCUUCAUGGUCUAUCUAAAGAAGGGUGCUACCUUGUUCAUCCCCAAGGCUAUAGGUUUUGACCGAACAGUGGCCGGCCAAAUACCCACUGGAUGGAACGCUCGCACCUACGGAAUCCCAGAAGACAUUAUUCAACAAGUGGAUAGAACGACGCUCUUCACUCUGGUCAGUACGGCUGAGGCUCUUCUUGCCUCUGGAAUUACAGACCCAUACGAGCUUUACAAGCACGUCCAUGUGUCAGAGGUCGGAAACUGUAUCGGCUCUGGUAUCGGUGGCGCGACUGCGCUAAAGAGAAUGUUCCAAAAUCGUUUCAUGGAUAAGCCGGCUGCAAAUGAUGUCCUCCAAGAAUCAUUUAUUAACACUACAUCUGCUUGGGUCAAUAUGCUUCUCUUGUCAUCCUCUGGCCCUAUUCGCACUCCUGUAGGCGCUUGUGCAACAUCGAUCGAGUCUCUGGAAACUGGCUACGAAACCAUUGUCAGUGGAAAAGCAAAGAUGUGCUUGGUAGGAGGCUUCGACGAUAUGAACGAGGUCCUUUCAUAUGAAUUUGCAAAUAUGAAAGCUACAAGCAGCGCCGAAGAAGAAUUCAAGAAAGGUCGCACACCUCAGGAUAUGUCUCGACCAGCUACUACAACUCGAUCAGGUUUCAUGGAGUCCCAAGGCAGCGGCGUCCAGGUUCUCACCACGGCCCGUCUCGCUGUGGAUAUGGGUCUUCCUAUUCAUGGUAUUGUUGCGUAUGCUAGUACGUCAAGUGACAAAAUGGGGAGGUCCGUGCCAGCUCCUGGUCAAGGUAUCACCACGAACGCAAGGCAAACAGCCUCAGCUAAAUUUCCUUCACCGUUACUCAACAUUGAUUAUCGACGAAAACGCUUAACUAUGCGACUAAAGCAGAUUCAGGAAUAUCGGGAUACCGAGUUGGAAAUCAUUCAAGAGGAAUUUGCAGUCUUUGGAUGUAGCCGACCGUCCGAUGUUACCGAGGAAAUCAAGUAUCGGACACAGUACAUCGAAGAAGAGGCCACCAGACAAACUAGUGAAGCCUUGAAUACCUGGGGGAAUGAAUUUUGGAAAAAUAACCCCCAAAUAUCACCCCUAGCUGGCUCUCUGGGUGUUUGGGGCUUGACUGUCGAUGACAUUGAUUUUGCUUCAUUCCAUGGGACAUCUACAGUCAUGAAUGAUAAAAAUGAAUCCGAGGUUAUUCAGCAGCAGCUUUCCCACAUGGGCCGCAAAGAAGGGCAUCCGAUAUAUGGUAUCUUCCAGAAAUACCUGACUGGUCACCCCAAGGGUGCUGCUGGAGCCUGGAUGUUCAACGGCUGCCUCCAGGUUCUUGACAGCGGCAUCAUCCCUGGAAAUCGUGCAGCGGAUAACAUCGAUGCCAAGCUGGAGAAGAAUGAUCUCAUCUUCUUCCCUAACCGCAGCAUCCAGAUGGCUGGGUUGAAAGCGUUCUCCGUGACCUCGUUUGGCUUCGGACAGAAAGGAGCCCAGGCCAUCGGAAUCCAUCCGAAAUACCUCUUGGCCGCUCUCGACGCUAAAACGUACGAUGAAUACAAGAAGAAGCUCGAGCAAAGGCAGAAGAAGGCCUUCACAGCAUUCCAUACCCACAUGGCAACCAACAGCCUCUUCGCCAUCAAGGAGAGCGCGCCAUACGGCAAAGACCAGGAAACAGCUGUCUACCUCGACCCCAAAGCACGUGUCUCUCAAAUCGAGACGCCUACGGAUGGCACAGUUUACCUGUUCAAAGACGGCAAAUAA